GGGACCGGGGGGGACCGCGGCCUCGAGUCACACCGCUCUCCGCGCACAGCUCUCCGCGGAGCAUCAACCGGACGCCGCAUUGGGCUGCUAUGGAGGGCGCCGGAGCCCGCCUCGGCUUCCAGGACCGUCGCUGCCCGUGAUUGUUUCCCCCUUUGCCCUCCUAGCGCGCGCGCGCGGGGCGCUCUUUUCAGCGAGAACAAUGAUUCCUGUCACUGAAUUCCGCCAAUUCUCUGAACAGCAGCCAGCCUUCCGUGUUUUGAAGCCAUGGUGGGAUGUAUUUACAGACUACCUUUCUGUUGCCAUGUUGAUGGUUGGUGUGUUUGGUUGCACAUUACAGGCGAUGCAGGAUAAGAUCAUAUGCCUUCCCAAGAGAGUCCAGCCUUCUCCGAAUAUAUCUCACCUUAAUAUGUCAGAUAUGGAUUCCAGUGCAGCUCAGUUCCUUCCACCCAAGCCAUCCACACCUCCUGCCACUGUUGAAAUGAAGGGCUUAAAGACUGACUUAGACCUCCAGCAGUACAGCUUUAUAAAUCAAAUGUGCUACGAGCGUGCCUUGCAUUGGUACGCAAAGUACUUUCCAUACCUUGUCCUUAUACACACAUUGAUCUUCAUGCUAUGUAGCAACUUUUGGUUCAAGUUCCCAGGGUCCAGCUCAAAAAUUGAACAUUUCAUUUCCAUUCUGGGGAAAUGUUUUGACUCUCCUUGGACCACAAGGGCUUUGUCAGAGGUUUCUGGAGAAGACUCCGAGGAGAAAGACAACAGGAAGAACAACAUCAACCGGUCAAACACGGUCCAGCCUACCACAGAAGGCAAUUUGGUCAGGACGCAGUCCUUAAAAUCCGUAUCUGAAAAAUACAUUGUGGAUAAAGGAACUCCGGGGGCUUUGGAUAAAAAAGAAGGAGAACAAGCUAAAGCGUUAUUUGAGAAGGUGAAGAAAUUCCGUCUCCAUGUUGAGGAAGGUGACAUACUAUAUGCUAUGUAUGUUCGCCAAACAGUGCUGAAAGUGAUCAAGUUUCUCAUUAUUAUUGCAUAUAACAGUGCACUUGUUUCAAAAGUUCAGUUUACAGUGGAUUGCAAUGUUGAUAUUCAAGACAUGACAGGAUAUAAGCACUUUUCUUGCAAUCAUACAAUGGCACAUCUUUUUUCUAAACUCUCAUUCUGCUACUUAUGUUUUGUAAGUAUUUAUGGACUGACGUGCCUUUAUACGUUGUACUGGCUCUUUUACCGCUCUCUGAAAGAAUAUUCGUUUGAGUACGUCCGGCAAGAGACUGGAAUUGAUGAUAUCCCAGAUGUCAAGAAUGACUUUGCUUUUAUGCUCCACAUGAUAGAUCAGUAUGAUCCUCUUUACUCGAAGAGAUUUGCUGUAUUUCUUUCAGAGGUCAGUGAAAACAAACUGAAGCAGCUGAAUUUAAACAAUGAAUGGACUGCCGAUAAACUCCGGCAAAGAUUGCAAAUGAAUGCCAAUAACCGUUUGGAAUUGCAACUGUUUAUGCUGUCUGGACUUCCUGAUACAGUCUUCGAAAUUACAGAGCUUCAAUCCUUGAAACUUGAAAUUAUUAAUAAUGUCAUGAUACCGGCUACCAUUGUGCAACUUGACAAUCUCCAAGAGCUUUCCCUAUACCAAUGUUCUGCAAAGAUCCACAGUGCAGCCUUGGCAUUUCUAAAAGAAAACCUGAAAGUCUUGAAUGUCAAGUUUGAUGACUUCAGAGAACUUCCACCUUGGAUGUACGGGCUCAGAAAUUUAGAAGAAUUAAACUUAAUUGGUUCUUUAUGCCACGACAUUUCUAAAAAUAUAACUUUGGAGUCUUUUCGAGAGUUGAAGAACCUUAAAGUUCUGCUCAUUAAAAGCAACCUGUCCAAAGUCCCACAGUCAGUAGUUGAUGUUUCAAGUCACCUUCAAAAAAUGUGCAUUCAUAAUGAUGGCACUAAACUAGUAAUGCUCAACAACCUGAAAAAAAUGGUCAACUUGACCGAAUUAGAGUUGUUGCACUGUGAUAUGGAACGCAUUCCUCAUGCUGUUUUCAGCCUUAACGCUCUUCAGGAGCUGGAUCUUAAGGAAAACAAUCUGAAAUCUAUAGAGGAAAUUGUUAGCUUUCAACACCUUAGAAAACUUACAAUCCUUAAGUUAUGGCACAACAGUAUAACCUACAUCCCUGAGCACAUAAAGAAGCUCACCAGUCUAGAACGGCUUUCUUUUAGUCACAACAAGAUAGAGGUUCUCCCAUCCCACCUUUUCCUAUGCAACAAAAUUAGAUAUUUAGACUUAUCUAACAAUGACAUACGAUUCAUCCCCCCUGAAAUUGGGGUUCUACAAAGUUUACAGUAUUUCUCCAUUUCUUGCAACAAAAUAGAGAGUGUGCCAGAUGAGUUAUACUUUUGCAAAAAAAUCAAGACACUGAAGAUUGGGAAAAACAACUUGUCUAUUCUUUCACCUAAAAUUGGAAAUCUAGUGUUGCUAUCCUACUUGGACAUUAAAGGAAAUCACCUGGAGUUUCUUCCCCAUGAACUUGGUGACUGCAGAGCUCUUAAAAAGAGUGGACUUGUGGUUGAAGACAUCUUAUUCGAAACUCUGCCUUUGGAUGUUAGAGAACAGAUGAAGGCUGAAUAAUAUUCUCAGCACUCCGUGCAAACUUUCUGCCAAAUGCCUUGUACAUAACUAAUAUGCCUUCAAGUCUUUAUCUUAUUUUGAUGUAUUUUGACAUUUUAUAUAUGGAUCAUUUUGGAAUAUAUGUAUUACAUGUAAACAUUUAUAUUUAUAUAAGCUUUCUUCUACCCCACCCACUUCCAUGUUUACAUUUCUUUUUUAAAUUUCAGCCUUAUAUUGUAUGUCUCUACUUUUUACUCUGUUUUGUUGAGAUGAAAUUGCUGACAUCUGCCUUAAAAAAAAUGCCCUAGCUCAAACGAAGAUAAUCAUCUUUAAAAAUAAAUAAUUUAGGUAACAUAUUUAAGUAGAAUAAUAUAUGGUUGCUGUAGCAACUGGGAUUCUUUCUAUUCUGCUUUUCAAAAAUCAUCUAAAUGCUUUAAAACUGAAAAAAAAAGUGUUCUUUAUCUUGUUUUAUUUCCUCGUUGCGGGUAAUGGCUUUUGCAAGUCAGAUUGCCCUGUCCUUAGGACUUCUUUAUAUCAAAACAGCAACCAAUCAUUGAUAAAAGAGACGUCUUUGCUGGUGACUGUUCUGUGCUCCUCAAACUUAUGCUGCUAUUGCUGGCAAUACAACUUGUUCUUUAGAAGACUGAAUUAAAAUCGCACUUUAGCUAGGAUUCAGUUUUAUUUAAAUUUCUUUUGAGUCUCUUGACUCCAUCUUUAGUAUUCUUAGUUAUAAUCAGAACAUGAGUCUGGAGAUUAUGUUCUGACACUAUGAAUCUCUUUUUUUUCAUCUCUCCUUUUGUAUGUUAUCUCUGAUUCCUAAAUCUACAUUAGUAAGUCUUUGCAAAUUGCAACCAGAUACAAUUUUGCACGAAGUAGUUUCUAUCAUGAAUCUUUCUUUCAUGAAUACCUUCAUAAUUAUCUACAAAGAGAGGGAAGGAUCAAAUUUAUGCUGUUUUAAUAAUAAGGGAUUUCUCCUUCGUCCUGGUUUCCCACAAAGAAUUAUAGGAAUUUAAUGAGUGGGAGGGUUAAAAAUUCUAUUAAUUAUUUCCUCUGAUUCUCACACUGUUAAGAAAGUACAGCAUCUUGGAUUCCUAUGAAGUGACAAAUGUGUGGUUUUGAAAUAUUUUGGACUUGGUUUUCCAUGAAAAUGUAGCAUGCAAAUCAAUUAUGAUAGUAAACAGUCAAGAAAUAACGAAGUUCUAGUUUAAAAAAAAAAAAAACAACCUCAUGCUUGGUUGCAGAGAAAUAAUUCAGUUCAGAAGGAUUUAUUUCCAGUAUGUUACAAAGAAAAUGUAAACAGAGCUCUAUACUGUAGAGAAUAUUCCAGAAAGAUGUCUACGUGUGGAAGAAGUCUUCCCUGAAUGUAGUCAUUACAGAUGUAAUUUGCACUUGAACAUCUAUCAUCAAAUGCUGGGUGGAUUAUUAUCCGAGGUAUGCAAGGUGUUCACAACUAAUUGCUUGUGUGCAGUCAAGCAUCAUAGUGAGUCUUUAGUAUAUUGUAAUGGGAAAGAAGAAUAGACUCAGAUUUAUAUAGCUUGAUCUCCUUUUCCAUCAUAGCCAAAAAGUUGUAAAAAAAAAAGCCUGACACAUAAAAAAAAACCCAGCUAGAGGCUUUGGGCAGGGCACAAAUAGAUAUCCUGGGUGGGUAGGAAUGGAGGUCCAGGGUGAGGCACAGAUUUAGGCCCUGACUGUUAUACAAAUAGAGGCCAUGUGCAGGAGAUGAAUGGAGAUUGUGGCAUGUGAAGAAGCCCCGACUGAACUGGCACAAAAUAACUCUCAGCCAAUGUAGAAGUGGGGCAUGGUGCAGUAGGCAGGGCUGCGUGAUAGAAAAGCUGGUGGCAGCAGAUGAGGUUAUAAAAAUGAGGUCCCAAAUUUUGUUCCCUUGAGGGAACUACAACAGUUGAAAGUUUUGAGAAAAGGUCACAAAUUGUUUAGAGCCGUUGUAACUUCAAAUGGUUACUGAACAAAUGAAUAUUAAGUAUAGCUAAACUAAGUUAAACUGGAGUAGACUUGAUUCUACCUGCUUUGUCGUAUCCCGUGAAGCCAAUGACAAGGUUUCUGCUCCCACUAUUUAACAAGCACCUUCACAAGGAAUCUGACUUGAAAACAAUACACUCAAGUGUUUGCCGAGUGUCUAGAUUUGUCUUUCUUGGUAGAUUAACCAAACUAAGCAUCUGGUCUAAGACAAAAAAUGAAAUCUUCAUAAAACUAGUUACUUAGUAAAAAAAAAACAGCUUCCACAUUAUACGUGUUACAAUCUCAUGUGCUCUUUUUCUUAAAAGGCGGAGGCCUCCAGGAUCAGACCUGUCAACACCCAUGUUCUUUUCCUAGGGCAGGAGUCCCCAAACUUGGCAACUUUUAAGACUUGUGGACUUCAACUCCCAGAAUUCUCCAGCCAGCUAUCCACAAGUCUUAAAGUUGCCAAGUUUGAAGACCUCUGUCCUAGGGUGAUAUUCAGUAUACUCACCACCAGAGCAGGAGAACAGAAGGCCCUUCCAUCGUUGUUCCCCUUCAAUUGGUACUCAAGGCACAUUGCUGAUUUAUUUUCUAAUUUAUUUGACCCCCCCUUAUUGGUACCACUUGAUUGUCAGUUCCAUCAAUUGUCUUAAAAAAAAUACACACUGAUACAUUCCAACUUCGUUGAUUAUGUAUUUAUGUUUCUUUGGCAUGGCUCAAUUCUGCACAUGUUGGAAUCGGAACCACUGAAUUAUUCAAGCCUUCUUUGGGGUUCUUUAGGGUUACAUCGCUCCGUUCAGAGAUGAUCUCAUCAUUGUAAAACAGAAACAACCUCCACCAACCGAAACUCUUAAUCUUUCAGCAACAGUCUUGAAGAGGUUUUUCCUCCAUUCAGAAGACUUGUCUAUAUUACAAGCAGUUCUCAGUUUUAUAGUGGCUUAACUGCCAUGAACUUUGAGAAAUGAUGUUUGCUAGAGACUCUGAAAUGCAAUUCUGUUAGAACUACAAUUAAUAGCCUAGAGCCUAGGUUAUGCAGUAUUUCCUAGUGUUUUUGUAUGAAGCUGGGAAUCCCAGGCCUUGACGCUAUUAAACAAUAAACUUCUACUUAAUGGAAAGCUACAUUAUUGUUAAAGCAAAUCCUUAUGCUAAGAUGGGAAAUGCAGACCGAAAUGCAGACCCUGCCAACUGCAUCUCACACUCUUGAUUUGUCUCUCAUCUUCAUUCUUUCCUUAAAAGUAUAAACAAGUCAAGGGUUGAAGUGAAACAUCCCAAGCUAAAAGAGUCUUACAAGCAGUCCAUUUUCUAAAUUCCUGAGAUUUUUCCAGGACACGAAGAGGAGAAAUGUUCUUUUCAGAGUCUUAAAUCUAUUCUAUAAACCAAAGUGCUGAUAAUAAACAAACUAUUUUAAGUUGUCAGUACAACUGGUGACUUCCUGUAGAGAUCUAUUGUAGAACUGAAGUCUUGUCUUACACUCAAGAGCAGAACUGAUACAGCCUAACCUUAUAAUCCGGUGAAGGUCUACUUUUGCUGCAAGGGCAUACUACAAGGGGUGGUUUAUCACCUAUAUGUGGAGGGUGCUAUUUCUGUAAUUGCACAAGACAUAACAUCUGCUGAAAGGAUGUCGUAUGCACUAUUCCUAUCCAGAGUAAUAAGAUGAAAGGGCACACAUAUAUCUACGCAUAUCCGUAAUUGCAAUUUCUUUCAUGCUUACAAUAUUAUAUAUUACUGAUCAGAGAUUGUAAACUUUGGGCAUUUAUGCUGGGAUAUGUUUUCUAUACAGGCAGUCCUUGAUUUACAACAAUUCAUUUAGUGACCAA